AUGGCAAAGUGGCUGUGUCGAAGUCUCAAGUUUCUGACCACCGAGUGGAACACUGCAGUCAGAUCACCGACACAAUUCUUGAAGAAACUCAAAGGGGUAAGUCUCCUGCCAAGCGACGUCAUGGUAUACUUUGAUGCCACGUCCCUUUUUGCUUCUAUUCCACAGGACCUGGCAAUCAAGACCAUUGAACUAGUCCUACGAGACAAAUACAAUGAAAAGGAGAAUCGCUACGUACAGGUCCAAAUCAUCCAACUUCUGAAGUUCUGUCUCAAGACGUACUUUAUGUUCGACGGAACAAUCUGCGAACAGAUGAAGGGCAAGCCAAUGGGUUUACUGGUUUUGGGACUCAUACCCGAGGCGGUCCUACAACGGUUGGAGUCGCAGGUCUUCCGACAACACAUCGGCUCGGUAUUUGGAUGGUACCUUCGUCGCCAUCGCACGGGAUCAGGUGUUGACAUUCAAAGAACGUCUCAACGCCGUCUUCCCAGAUAUUCAAUUUACGAUGGAGAAGGAAGAAAAUAACCGACUGGUCUUUCAGUAUGUCCUCGUCUGCCGCAAGGAUUGUGGUGGCCUAAAACCAAUGUGUUCGGCUAAGCAAUAAAUUUGACGCAAGUACUGGUCUUCACAGCAACUGGACCGUCUAUUCCAGUAAUGGCAAAAGACAACCAUUUCCAUCUCAGCUGUCUUUGUUGAAUAUUAAAUCUCGGAUGGCAAGACAGGAUCACCGACAGGGAAGUCCCAGAACGGACUGGCAUCCUCAGUAUUCAUGCCAUGUCACGUCCCUUUUUAUUUCUAUUCCAUAGGGCCUGGCAAUCAAGACUAUCGAGUUACUCCUAAGAGACAAAUACGAUGGAACGGAGAAUCGACCCGGACAAAUCCAAAUCAUCCAACUCGCAAAGUUCUGUCUCAAGACGCGCUUUGCGUCCUACAAAAUAGUCUACGAGCAGAUGAAGUGCACGCCAAUGAUUUCGGGACUCAUAGUCGAGGAUGUUCUACAAAGGUUGGAGUCGCUGGUCUUUCGACACCACAUCGGCUCGGUAUGUGGAUGA